UAAAAAAAAAAAACUAACUUUUGCGAACACUAUAUAAAUAUUUUAUACUCUAAAUAGAAUAGGGCAUGUAACCCAAAGCUGUGAUCUUUGUCUUCGUCUCUCCAGGGUUUUAGGGUUCCGCGGAACGAAAUUGAAAAUGCAAUUGACACUUGAAUUUGGUGGAGGAUUGGAGUUACUAUGUAACUCUGUAAAGAUCCACAAUGUCAGCAUUGAUCCCGAAAAUGGAGUGGGAAAGUUAAUUAUGAAGGAUUUGCUCUCUUGGGUUCGAGCUAACCUGAUCAAGGAGCGGCCGGAAAUGUUUAUGAAAGGCGACACUGUAAGACCUGGUGUUCUGGUGCUUGUAAAUGAUUGUGAUUGGGAGCUUAGUGGGCAGCUUGACACAACAUUGGAAGAGAAAGACGUGGUAGUGUUCAUAUCCACCUUGCAUGGAGGCUAGCUUCAUCAGUAAUACCUUUUUCAUUAUGUAUCUACUAAACAGUUAUCUGAGAUAAUAUGGUACUUGGGCGUUUUAACCUUAAAAAAUCUGUACUUUUUAUGAACUUCCCCACCCACCAUAUGAUAUUGACACAUUAUUACCUUAAAAUGUAUACAUGGUAAUCUCGAUCAAAUUUUGAUA